AUGAUCAAUCGUACCAUCAUCACAAGAAGUGUCGUGAUAAUCGUACCCUGCAUUCUCCACCGCAUUCGUAAAAUAAAGGACGAGGACAUUAUGUGGCAGCGCAGAGAGCAACGACAAAACGAAAGCUUCAUGAUACUCGACGUCCUCAUCCGCGAUGCCAGGAAAAUUCAUGUUCGGAUGAACGGAAUUGAAGAGAUCGGCAGGGAGAACUGGUCCAUCAGUACGGGGCACCCAAAAAUUACAAUCAAAAGUGCCAAACUCAGCAAACGCAUCGAAAUUGAGGAUGUGCGCAUUCAUGCUUAUGAACUUCCUCCACGAAUCCUGCUCCGCUUUCACUACUGCUGCCCCGAGACCGCUCAUGAGUGA